AGGAAUCUGCCGAGGCACACACAGGUGCAUACAUGCGUAGGACGUACCUCCUAAUUCCUUCUCCCAUCCCGCCGGUACUACUGCUGCUACCCAAGGUGUGCUUGUACGCGCACCGAGAGGCGCGCGGCCUGCUUAUUUCGCUUCGCUGCCCGUCGCUCUCUGUUCGGCUAGGUGCCUCUCUCUCUCUCUCUCUCUCGGCUUCUUCAUCGCGGGCAGCAGACCGCUGGCUCUGCUAUAGACAUAGGACCUGUACAUUGGGUACAUGUCCACACAUACGGUAGGUACAUGUAGGUACCCUAGGGCACCUGCGCGUAAC